AUGGAUUGGAAUGGUACAGCGUCAGCGAACGGGACGGUUGAUCUGCUAGUGGCUGCCGGCACGGUGGCCCUGUCCACGUUAUCACCGCUUCCUGCCAUCACCACGCACGCCCACCAUCCGGUCAGCCCGGCGGAGGACGGCAACACGAUGGCUUCGCCCGCCGGUGAUAUAACGAUAGCGACGGCAGCCCAUUUCCACGGCGGUCUACCGUUUCCUUCGGAGCUGCUGACGUUCCUCCGGCAAACAACAACCUCCUCGUCGGCCGCCUUCACGGCCGCGUCCGUCUCGGCGAACUUUACCACCUUCCUUAACAACAUAACGCUUCGGGCGCUGACGGCGUCGGGUGGCGGUGGGGCCUCCGGUUCCGGUACCAGUUCGGCCGAGUUCACCGCCAACCUGUCGAGGCGCUUUCCACACCAUCCGUUCUUCAGUACGUUCUUCAACGAGAGUGCCCUCGACAUCUGCCCCUCGAUACAGAUGCCGGUGGGGAAUGUGAUCUCGAUGAUUCUGUACGCCCUGGUGGCCAUCGUGGGGCUGUUCGGCAACACGCUCGUCAUCUACGUCGUGCUGCGCUUCAGCAAGAUGCAGACGGUAACCAACAUGUACAUCCUUAAUCUGGCCAUCGCGGAUCAAUGCUUCCUGAUCGGGAUCCCCUUCCUCAUCACCACGAUGCACCUGGGCGAGUGGACGUUCGGGAACGCGAUGUGCAAGGCGUACAUGGUGUCGACCUCGAUCACGCAGUUCACCUCGUCCAUCUUUCUGUUCAUCAUGUCCGCCGAUCGGUACAUCGCCGUGUGUCAUCCGAUCUCGUCGCCGCGCUUUCGAACCCCUCUUGUCUCGAAGGUGGUGUCGGCUCUGGCCUGGACCGCGUCCGCUCUCAUCAUGCUACCGGUGAUGCUGUACGCCAACACGAUCCAGCGCGAGAAGGACAAGAUGUCGUGCAACAUUAUGUGGCCGUCGGAAACGGGCGCAAACUCUGGCACAACGUUCACGCUCUAUUCGCUUAUCCUCGGGUUCGCCAUCCCGCUGACGCUGAUCCUAAUGUUCUACUACCUGGUCAUCCGGAAGCUCCGCACCGUCGGACCAAAGUCCAAGUCGAAGGAGAAGAAGCGUUCCCACCGGAAGGUGACGAAGCUGGUCCUCACCGUCAUCACCGUGUACGUGCUUUGCUGGCUGCCGUACUGGAUCUCGCAGGUGGCACUUAUCAACUCGCCACCGGACAUCUGCAAGUCGCGGCUGGAGAUUACCGUAUUCGUGUUGGUCAGCUGGCUCGGGUAUAGCAACUCCGCGAUGAACCCGAUACUGUACGCGUUCCUCAGCGACAACUUUAAGAAGAGCUUCCUGAAGGCUUGUACUUGUGCGAAGGGUAAGGAUGUGAACGCACAGCUGCAGAUCGAGAACAGCUUCUUCCCGCGGUUUGUCCGCAAUCGGGGCUCGGAGCGGGGCAACUCUACCAAGGUGCUUCAGCCCAACAACCGUCCGAACAAGGGAGCGGACCAGCAACACCAGCAGCAACAACAACAGCUACAGCUGAACGCUGCGAAUCAGAACCAGCAGCAACAACUUCACCGAUCUAACGAAGCCAUCGCCAACAACAACAACAAUAGCAACGUUAACAACAACAGCUCCAAGCCCAAUGGAACCAGUGUUGAGCAGAGUUCCAUCGUCCGGGGUUGCGGCCCUUCGACGAGCGUAACGAAUGUGCAAUCUUCGUCCAGCGUUCGACCUUCCAACGAGCAACCGAUAGUGCCAAUAUCGUCGGGCCGACUGCUGGACGCAAACAAUGCGACGCCGCCGGCCACCGGAGCUCCGAUCUUCGCUCGUCCGCCCGUCCUCCACACGGACCUGUAA